UUUAUUUAUCUAACAUACAUUAAUUUUUAGGUCUGUACUCAAUUUUUUGAGUAGAUGUUUGGAGUGAUUUCUUCUGUCAUUUAUUUAUUAUUCCCCAGAAUUUAGAAUAUUUACAAAUAUCAUGCUACUGGAGAAGAUCUUGAGUUGUUUUCUUCUCAUUUGGAGUUCUAUUUUGACUGUGACAGCAUUUCACACAGCUGCAAAUCUAUACAGUCUCUACUCUGAACCUCAACCACAGUACAACUCGGAGAAACCAACGGCCAGGCACAAGAACCACUGUGCAUAUGUUGUGGAGAAGACUGUCUCAUUCACUGUUCAGGAUGGAGCAGCUCCCUUCAUGAAGGCAAUGAAGUGUGCUUGGGGUCAGAAAUGCCCAACUACAAAGUAUCGCAUGUAUUACAAACCAAUGUAUAAAGUUGCAUAUAAAACUGUGACUGAGCUGGAAUGGAAGUGCUGUCCUGGAUAUACAGGUGUCGGUUGUACUGAGGGAUAUGGAAUGAAAGCAAGACCCCUUUUCAAUGGACCAAUACCAGGACAAAAGGGUCCUAUGCCUCCUUUUAAAGGACAAAUGCCAAUGCAAAAGGGCCCUAUGCCACCUUUUAAAGGGCCCAUGCAUAUGCAAAAAGGUCCCUCACCUCCUUUUAAAGGACCUAUGCCAAUGCAGAAAGGUCCUAUGUCUCCUUUUAAAGGACCCAUGCCACUGCAGAAAGGUCCUAUGCCUUCAUUUAAAGGUCCUAUGCCUAUGCAGAAAGGUCCUAUGCCUUCAUUUAAAGGACCCAUGCCAAUGCAGAAAGGUCCAGUGCCCUCUUUUAAACGUCCAAAUCCAUCUCGGAAGGGACACAUACGUUCAUAUAAAGGACAAUAUCCCCAUCCCAGUGUCAAUGGAAACCCCUGGAUUCAGCCUCAAGCUCCUACUAAUGGCAUGAAUGGAUAUCCAGGUCCUAAUACUGGGCCCUCCUCCCAAGAUCCUCCAAUUGAAUCUUACCCAGAGCACCAGGAACCGGAAGUAGAUUAUCCUGAACCCGUGCCUGAACCUCAAGACCUUGGUCAUGAAUUAAUCCCAGAAGAGAAUGAACCAAUUACCGACUACCAAGAUCCUCAGCCAGAUCAUCAAACUUCUACACCGGUAGAGAGUGAGACAGAGCCUAUUCGCAAAGCACAAGUGCCCUCUGGUGGGAGUGAAACAAACCAAGAUCAUAAUGCCAACAAUAUCGAAGAUGAGCGGUUGGACAGGAUAGAAGAGGAUGUGCAGCGACUUUCUCUUGGUCUUGAGACACUCCGAGGUACAGUGACAGGUUUGGAGGACAGCUUGCGUGCUUCCCUUCGUGAAGAUGCCAAUCGGAUGUUGACUGCCCUCAUUUCUGCAGCACCCAGCCCCAUCGCUGCUCCUUCCCUGUCUAGAGACUCUACUGUGGGCUUUGGAGAUCUACCUGGAGGUGCACCAGAUAUUGAGGGAUCAGAUGUGGUGGGGCACUUUCCAAACUUGGUCGAUUUAACUGAAAAGUUUACAGAGCUGCGAGCAGAACUUGUGGCAAAGGCAUCUGAGCUGGAAGAGUUGAGAGGAGCAGUUGUGAGUCAAAACAACACCCUUCAAAGACUAUCAGAUGGGUCAGUGAACCUUAAUCAAACUGAAAUCCAAAAGGCCCUGGAAACAAUGGUGGAGUCCAAAAUGAGUGAAGCUCGGGUCACCAUAUUAGAUGGCUUUGAAAAACGAGUGGAAAGUGCAGAGGAGCGAUGCGAGAGUCGCAUGGCAGAAGUGCGACUCCAGUGCAAAGAGGAAUGUUUAGAUGGACAAGAUCAGACUGAGCAAGUCCUAGACAUAAGGGCUGAACAAUUGAAGACAGAACUACAAAAGCUGCAGGCUCAGCUUCAAGACCUGGAGCCUGAAGAGGGUUGCUGCACUGCCAUAUCAGGUUUAACUGAAAGGGUAAUUCAUAUGGAGCAGUCAGUGGAAGGUUUGAAUGAAUCCCAAACACACCUACGUGCUGAACUUGGUGGACACAAGGACCAUAUAGAUGGCAUGUUGGAAGGCCGACUGGCUUAUGUGGAAUCCAAAUUGAAUAUUGCAUUCAAUCAAGAGGAAACAAACAUUAACAAAAGAGAGCCUGACAACUUUGAGGUGCAAUUGGAAGGAAAGAUUAAAGCUCUUGAAACCCGUCUCUUGGUUGCAGUAGAAGAGCUCGGUAAUGUCACAGCACCAACUUUACUUGAAGGUCAAGCUGUUCCUUCACUGGAAACAGAGGUAGAAUCACUAAGAAGAAGAGUUGAGGAUGAUUUGGACCAUCUACAGAAACAGCUUAAAUCCAUGGAGGUUCUUUGUACUUCAGCUUGUGUUCCACAGCCUGUUCUAACAGGAUACGUAGCUCCAUUGACUGGUGAGGACAAACACGAAGACAACCUCAAGGAAAUGAAUGGAAAACUUGAUUUACAAGUGCAGAAAUUAAACAACCUCAAUGCCACUCUAUAUAAUCUUCUUGUACAGUUAGCAAAGAAACAGGAGGAGGUGGAUCUUCAAGGUGAGGUGACCCUGCUUAAGGUUACUGUGAACUCUGUUAACAGAUCUAUCUGUGGCUUGCAAGACUCUCUUGGCUCUGUCAUCAAAGAGGUCGGCCACACCAACCUUACCUGGCAAGAAAGAGAAGAAAGGCUUGCCCAGCAGGUAAAAGGAGUGGUUCAGCUGGUGGGACGACAAGCUUCCAUGUUGGGUACUGGGGAGCGAAAGCUGACCCGUCUGAAGGGGGAACUCCACGAUCUGCGACGUAAAGUUGCUGGAGAGCUUCAGGGUUGCCGCUCCACCGCCCUCGGUGUCCAGAAGGAAGUGACUGAAGUCGGAGGUCGUGUUGCCCGUGUGGAGGGACAGUGUGGAGGUCUAGCACACCUGUCCAAUGACCUAGAGAGAAUCCGAGGAGAGCUGGAGAAGCAGUCCGAUGGGUAUCUGUCUCACAUAAAUAGCACCCUUGUUAACCAUUCUCACCAACUGUCCGAACUCAGAGAUAACAUCCAAAACUGCACUGGCCCAUCUGGGCCUACUAAAAUUGUGGCGACUACACAACAAACAGCAGAACACACAACAGAACCAACCCAUCCCAGAGGAGAUCAGUUUGCAGUCCCCACACAGCACAAUGGUGACUAGUAAAUCAAGUGCACUUUAUAAUGUGCAGUCUAUAAUCAAAACUUAUACUAUUAUAUAGUAUCUUUCUCAGGAGACUCUUCUCUCAACAACUUCUUUUGUAUGACCAAUGCUGAAACACAACUUGAAAUUUCUUGUCUGUGGUGCUACUGUUUUGUACUGUUUUAUUUUUAAUCACUCACCUUUA